AUGAAGGACCACCAGAAGGUGCAGGGCAUGCUGCGCACAGUCAUAUCAAGUGCCGACAGCAAAGUAAGGAAGGAGAACAUGAACCAGGUUGUCUACGAGCUCUCCCAACACGCGGCCGUCGAAGAACAAAUCCUCUACCCGACCCUCAGGCACCUCCAUGACGAUGGGGACAAGAUGGCCGACCGCGCUAUCGAAGAGCACCUCAAAGUCAAGAAAGAGCUGGACGCACUGGACAAGAUGGAAGUGACCGAAUCCAAGUUCGUGCCCGCAGUGGAGAAGAUGAGCAAAGACCUCGAUCAGCACAUCAAGGAAGAGGAGUCCGAGAUCUUCCCCAUCCUCAAGCAGAAGCUAUCGAAGGAGGAUCUGGACAAGAUGGGAAACCUGCUCGAGAGCAUGAAGACGGUAUCGCCCACGAGGCCUCACCCGCAUAUGCCAGCUACCCCGCCCUACAACGUCAUGGCCGGUCCGCUGGCCGCCUUCCUGGACCGCGUGCGGGAUCUUGGUCGGUCCUUCCCCAAGAAGUGA